UAGCGGUGAUUUCGUCUGCUCAUGUUUUGUUAACAACAUUAUGUCUGUUUGUUACUUUUUUGUUUCACCUAUCAUGGGUCUCUGAGUACUUUAUGUCUCGCGUUAUAAAAUUGUUGUCAGUUUAGUUAAUGUCACUAAUUUAGGUGUAUGUCUCCUUUCUGCACUGUUUACAUAUAUUUAGGGCUGCAAUGGAUGCCUCUCUACUCACCGUGAGCCAAUCUGCUUGGGAAAAAGUCCUAAAUCAUGUGGAAAAUGCUGUUGUAUUCAUUGAUUCUAAAGCAGGAGAGUGUCUUCACUGGAGCGUUGGUUUAAAUUCACUGCUAACUAGAGGAUCUUUAGCCGUCAAGGAACUAAACGCUUACAAAUACUCUCAAGAACCAAUAGAAAAUGCCGAAAAAGCUGUCUUCAUAACCGUAGGGCCCUACUCAUCUAUUCAAGUUGAUCUCUGUGAUAUUAUUUGCCAGAGUUUAUUCAAAGCAGUAAUUUUGGUAACUGUACCUCUCAAUGAACCACAUAAUGUAGUUCCAGGAUUAAGAAAUGAUUUACUGCAAUGGAUGAGAGUUAAAUCAGGGAAGAGUAAGGAAAUCCAUGCAGAUGUAUUAUGUUUCCCUUAUUUCUAUGCACCUUUGACAGAAACUAUAGUCAUGCUCCCCCCUUUUUCUGAUCUAUUCCCUCCUCUUGACUUAAAUAAGGUAAAAUCAUUUGGAGGCAAACCAAAAGUUUUAUCUCUGAAAGACCAAGCAUCCACAGAAAAUUUGGCAUUAAGUUUGGAUUCUUUGUUGAACCAAAUUUCUGCAGCGGAUGUUGUCUUUAGCAUAGGAACCCUAAGUGGUGCUGUUGCAAGAGCACUGGAGGAAUUGCCCUCUGUUCACAUCAGGAGGAAGAUUGCAAAGCAUAGAGUGUCAGUUGUUAUAAUUGACCGUACCUUAGACCUCUGCUUUCCCGCCAGUGUAGAUUCAAAAUGCUUUUUAGACAAAUUACUAUGUGCUCUACCUCAUCUCCCUGACCACACCAAUGACAUAGCAAUAAAUAUGUCUCAACUUGCUCAAGUCACUGUGGAUUCUACAAAUGAUGAGGCACUUUUCCCUGGGUGUCUAGCUCAUAAUGAUUCAAUGAGUCAAAAUAUAAGAGAGUGGCUUCUUCAUAAAAAGGAUCGGGAUAUUUUGAUAAACUUGCAUCAGAUUUUAAGAAGUAAGAUCUCUCCCGGAUGUAAAUUUGCAACAAGAGUUAAACCAGAAGCACUGGAAAAAGAUGUGAGACAAUUCAGAGGAAACAUGGAGAAAAUUCAGCAAAAUUGUGGGGUUCUUCAGAUUGCUCUUGCUGCUGUACAAGCCCUUACAGGAGAGCAUGCCGAAGAAUUAGAAUUAGUUUUAAGUACAGAAAGAGUCUUACGUCAAAAUGUUGCCACAACAGAAAACAAGGAAUUAGCUGGUCUUUUGCCACAGAUUACAAAAUUACUUACUGAAAGGCAUAUUAGAGGCUUAAGCUUGGAUGCACUGCUCACACUGCUUGUUCUUCUCUAUUCAUUAAUAGGUACAGAGAUGAUCUUUCCUCUGAAGGAGGAAGUUCAGUUACAAGCUGCAAUCAGCACGGCCUUGUUUGAGGAUCAAGAGUAUCCAGGCCUUGUGCAUGAUAUUCUUUUACCAUUAGAGGCCACUCGCGAAAAGGUAGACACAGUGGCUGGUCAUGUUUUUGCUGUGUUGAAAGCUGUGUCACAUACUCGUCGAGAUCUAACGAAGUAUAGGUCAGUUCUUAAAGAACAAGGCCAAUCUAUGCCAGCUGAAUACACACCACUUCUGCAAAGAAUUAUGAAAGACAUCUUAGAUCCUUCAAAACCGCUCAUACCUGACAUGUCCUGUCAGUCUACAGGUCUAAAAGAUCUCUUAAAAAGUGGAUUCAGCAUGCUACUAAACAAACAACAGGCACCUGUCACACAGCACCCUGGAGAUCAACCCAAUCUUUUAAUUGUUGUCUUAGGCGGAAUAACUGGGGGUGAGAUCCGCUUAAUGGAAGAAUGCUGGUCAGGUUCUACUCAGAGCCAUGCGGGAGGGACAUUGCUUCUUGCAAGCACUCGGCUGCUGAGUCCUAAUGACACAUUACAAGCAGUACUAAGAUCAAGUCCUCAACCUCUCUGAUAUCUCACUGGUCAUAUAGAAUUAAGACAGAAAAAGAAAGAUGUGGAUAACUAUUCCAUUAAAAUUGGUUUUUGUUUUGA